AUGGAUCACGGACCGCUCCGGGAGUUCGUGUCGGCGCGCUGCGACGUCGGUCGGGCGGUGUUCGUGCCGCGCCGCAAAUUCAGGGAGGCGUUCACGGUCUGGCAAGGAGGGAGAGCGGCUCCCAAGGGCCUACCCGAGGCGAUGGACGCGCUGGGCUACAAGCGAUCCACGCGACCAUACGGGCCGGACCGGAAGAACACGGGCGUCUACCUCCACCUCACCCUGCCCACAGGGCACGCAUCGUACCUAGCGCCCCUUGCGUCGAUCUCUGAGGUUAACGUACCCGAGGACGACUUACAGCUGGAGGGUCUGCUAUCUGAUGAUGCACCCCGAGUGAGCGGCGCGGCGAAUCCACGCAAGACUUGGCACGACUUGAAGAAACUUAUAUUGGAUGAGAAGCUGGAGUAUUCUCAUCACAAAUUCGCGGGCCAGGGACAAACCGAGACACCGGUCACGGACGCGAGGGGCGCCGUGAAGAUCAUCAACUUUCUGCCCGGGCCGCAGGCGGCGAGGUUCAGAGACGUCUGCGGGGACAUAGUGGUCCGAUUCCUAGAAGGGGACGCGAGUCUCGUCGAAGAGAUCCGGGAGGAAUUCGGUGAGGAAUCCCUUCGACACGACGCUGAACUUCAGCGCGUUGCCCUUGCAUCACAAGAAGCGCGACGGCCUCUCAGCGGCCUGGAAGCGGCUCAUGUCUACCUCUCGAGGGUCGUCUUCGAACUUCCAGAUGAAGCCGUCGCGCAGGGGUGA